AAAGAUUUAUUGAUUAUAGUGUUACCAUUAUUUACAGUGUCGUAUUUAUUAUCUGCAUGUAAACUAAUCUAUAUUGAAAAUAGUUAAUCCAAUUAAGUUAUUGAUUCGUACAAAUCAUAAUUAUUGGCUACUUUCCUGUGAUCCUUGCCUUCCUCUACAUUCUCGUCAGCCAGAUCACAAUGGAUACAGACACCCUGAAUCGACUGCUGGACGGAGGCCACCCUCAGCUGGGUGCAGCGCUGGCACAAUUCAAUAAGCUCAAUGCACAGGUUUUCAAUUUCUCCCAUCUAACAACCACUGGCCAGUGGGUUCUGCUGUGGAACAAGUUCUUUGAGUAUCUGACCGUUCCAACCAUGCCCUGGUUGGUACAGUGUCUAAUAGGUAUCAAGAUUCUCAGUCGGGAUAAAACCUAUCUGAAUGAAACGGUACACUCGGAACAGUUGGAUUGCUUGCUAAAUCUGGCCGGCAUUGGGUCCGAUAGUAAUGGUACCGUGGGCGAGGAUGUUCAAGUGGAGGCACUGAAAUGUUUGAGUAAUUUGAUAUUCCAAAGCAGAAAGUGCCAGGAGCUCUGUUUGACGAAUGCUUCGACUGAAGGAAUUUUGAGGAGGAUAAGAACGUAUAAGGAUGGUAGUAUAUGCUACGAUAUCCAAUAUUUUGAUAUGAAGGUGUUGUUUUUGCUGACAGCUAUAAACUGUGAUAUUCGAGCAAAAGUUCGAGAGGACCUUCAUGGAUUAACCUAUCUUGUGGAAACAUUGGAUCUGUUUAUGAAUCAAGUGGCCGACGCAAAAGAAUUUAAUGAUAAAGAUCUUGAAUUAGUUAACGAAGUGUUGAAGGUUCUGUUCAAUUUGACUGUUCGAACUCCGAACAAUGCAAUACCGGAGGAAGAAGAAGCUAAUCAAUUCCAUCGAUUGGCGGUCAUUAUCCAUGAUCUGUUCUUUUACCGUACGCUUAACAGAGACAAAAUAACUUCUCUUCAGUCGAAUAUUGUUAAUCUGCUCACAAGCGUUCCGGUAAGUUGUUACAAUGAGUUGAUCACGCCGCUGAGUCCUGACGAUAUGGAGAACAGGACCGUUGUGCCGUUUGAAGAAAAAAACGCAUACGUGCUGCAUGUUUUAGUUGAAUUUCUACGAAAACACUUCCAAAAAGCUGAGAAGAAGUCCGAGCAGUACGAACUAUUAUCUCCGAUUUUAACAGUUUUAGUUAAGGCAGUUCGAGCAUCCGGUCUUAACAGACGAUUUGUCCGUUCGAUGAUUUUGCCACCGCUGGUAAAUGUUAUGGAGCGACCAGAAGUAGGAACGGAGCUUCGAAAUUAUAUUUGCUCUUUAUUGACAAGUCCGUGCACACAAAUUGCCGACCUUUCAGCUGAAUUGCUGUUUGUACUGUGCAAGGAAAACGUAGGCCGCAUGAUCAAGUACACUGGCUACGGUAACGCUGCCGGUUUGUUCGCUAAUCGCGGAUUGCUCGGAGGUCGCCAAGGCAAUACCGAACAGUACUCAUCCGACUCGGAAGACAGUGACACGGAAGAGUACAAGCAAAUCCAACAUUCCAUCAAUCCGGUGCUGGGAUGCUAUGAACCACCAAAGCCAAACCCACUCGAAGGUAUGUCCGAGGAGCAGAAGGAGUACGAAGCAAUGGAACUGGUUGCCUUGAUGGAUCAGUUGCAACGGCAGGGCAUAGUGCAGCCGUGUAAGAUCGGUGACGAUGGACGACCACAGCCAGUGGAGCACAUUCUAGAGCUGCAGGAUGAAAUUCCCGAACAGCAACGGGAUCAUAAACGUAAAACCUAAACGACGGGCGUGCGGCUCUUUAUGUCCUAGCGUACUUGUAUGUUGUACUCCGUAGGUAGAAUGAUUUCUAUAACAAUGCGGACUAUGCUCAUAUUAAGAUAUCAAAUUAGCUGUUCAUAUUUCGCCAAAGAGAAUUGAACAAUUAGAAAAUUCCGGACGAACCGUCACUCGCCAAGCGCAGAUGUUCAUUAAACAUAAGUAAGUCGUUUACUGACGCGACGUAUAAUCAACAAGAAAUGGGGUUUUCCGUAUUUCACUUUAGAGCGUGAAGGACGGAAUUGCACUUUGGUUAAUGAUUCAAAAAUCGUGCGAUAUAUUGAAUGUAUUUGGUUACAACAAGCAUUUUAUAACUUGUUCUCGGUAGUUGGUAUAAACCCUAUCUGACCGGUCCCGUAACAAUCCGAUAUAUGUGUAAUGUUUGUACAACUUUCGUUAUAAUCAUAAAAGUAUAGAUGCUUUUAGAUGUUCGUGAAAUAA